CAAAACAAUGUCGUUGGUAACAGAAGAAAUCAAGUCGAAGUCAGAGGUAUACCAUGGAGACGAACUAGGGCGAGUGAAAUCCAAAGAGCUUCUUGCUGAAAUCUGUCUCCCCAAUGGUUUGUUACCAUUGAAAGACAUCAUUGAAGUUGGUUACAACAGAGAAACAGGUUUUGUUUGGUUGAAACAGAAGAAUAGCAUAACACACAAGUUUGAAAAGAUUGGAAAACCUGUUAUUUAUGCCACUGAGGUUACUGCUUGUGUUGAAAAAGGUAAGAUUAAGAAACUGACUGGUGUGAAAACAAAAGAGCUUAUGAUUUGGGUUACACUAUGUGAUAUUUAUGUUGAUGAUCCACCAACUGGGAAAAUCACUUUCAAAACGCCUUCUGGACUUUCUAGAAGUUUUCCUGUUUCUGCUUUUGAAAUUGAAGAUACUGUCAAAGAGGUUUAGUGUAGUUUAGUUUCAUGUGGUUGGGUUCAUUGGUAGAAAAUUUCAAUUAAUAAGUUACGUUACUUUUAAUUUGGACACUUGCAAUGCAUUGUAGCAGUGUUGUUGAAGUUGAGUAAUAAACAUCGUCUUUUGUUAUCCUUCCAAUAAAAAAUGGAAUGUAAUAAAAUUUAGGGCUAAUAUCUAUUUGUCUCUUGUCAUAUA